AUGGGUGUCUGGGUAGCGUUGUGUCCAGCUUCUACUAGAGAUACCUGUCUCGUCUUGGUAGCGUCGUGUUUAGCUUCUAUUAGAGAUCCCUGUUUUGUCUUAGUAGCGUUGUGUCUAGCUUCUACUAGAGAUCUCUGUCUCGUCUUGGUAGCGUCGUGUUUAGCUUCUAUUAGAGAUCCCUGUUUUGUCUUGGUAGCGUUGUGUCUAGCUUCUACUAGAGAUCUCUGUCUCGUCUUGGUAGCGUCGUGUUUAGCUUCUAUUAGAGAUCCCUGUAUCGUCUUAGUAGCGUCGUGUUUAGCUUCUACGAGAGAUUCCUGUCUCGUCUUGGUAGUGUCGUGUCUAGCUUCUACUAGAGAUCCCUGUCUCGUCUUGGUAGAGUCGUUUUUAGCUUCUAUUAGAGAUCCCUGUAUCGUCCUGGUAGCGUUGUGUCUAGCUUCUACUAGAGAUCCCUGUCUCGUCUUGGUAGUGUCGUGUCUAGCUUUUACUAGAGAUCCCUGUCUCGUGUGGGUAGUGUUGUGUUUAGCUUGCACUAGAGAUCCCUGUCUGGUCUGGGUAGCGUCGUGUUUAGCUUGCACUGGAGAUCUCUGUCUGGUCUCGGUAGAGCUGUGCCUAGCUAGACCUUAA